CAUUUGCAUAAUGCAUGAUGUGUCAUACUUGAUUCUACAACUAGCCAGGGUUUGCGAGCAGAGCACUGCAGCGGAGCGCAGGAGAGUGUGAGCAAGGAACGGGCAGGAAGCUUCUAUCUGGCAUGACUUCGAGUCAUUGAAUCCCUUCCCUCUAUCCUCGCCACACAAAGCUCUGAGCGCACUUAUACAGAGUAACCCUAUUGGCAAGACUCGCAAACAAGCGAUCAACUUACUCCAGACCUUCUACUGUGGUCUAAACCUCUAGUGAUCCCUUGCUGUAGGUCUGACCUAACUCGCAUGUUACGUUGUGCCCAUUGCUGUGGUCUUUGGAUAAGCCUGGUGUAUUGAACUCCUGGCAAUCAUAUCAUGUUUAAUUGGUGAAUUGGAAGCCAGUGAGAGUAAACAUACCUGUGGAUAAAACAAUUACAUUUGCUUUCAUUGGAAAUCUUAAUCAAACAAGGAGCUUGGACACUGAAGGAGAAAUAAUCAACAAGCCACAGGAAAUGAUAGCAACCAUUGACAGUACAACUCCACCUGUCUAGAAACCGGGUGCAAGAAGUUCACCACAGAUCUGUACAACAUCAAUUUAUGAGGACUUACCAGUGAUGAUCUACAUGAUCUACAUGAAAACACCAUGAAUGGGAUCAGUUUGAAUAUACUGCUUGCAGCUAGCAUCAUUGCUAGUCUUCUCAGCUCUGUCCUUUGCCAGGGCUGGAGACCAGCUUGUCCUAAGCCAUGUCGCUGCUCCUUAGAUCGUAGCCCUCAACAGACCUACAGCCUUGGACCAGGAGCCUAUAGGCAGGUUGACUGCCGCUAUGGCAACCUGUUUAAUGUACCCCCAAACCUUCCACCAGAUACUCAAGUGUUACUUCUCUCAAACAAUUUCAUCAACGCUAUCACUCCUUUAGAGUUGGAGCAGGUUCCUAACCUGAAAAAGCUGGACCUGUCUCACAAUUACAUUACAGAAAUUGCACCGGACACUUUCAAAUUCAAUGCUGAUUUGAAGAUGCUGAAUCUGGGAUGGAACCAGAUUGUUACUAUAGCUAAUACUGCAUUUGAUGGACUGAGCACCCUCUCCAGACUCCUGCUAUCAUCUAACCAGCUUGUUGAUGUUCCGAAUGCUAUUCAGAAUUUGAUAUCUUUGGUACUACUGGAGCUCUCUCGCAACCAGAUUGUGACAGUAAAUCAGAAUUCCUUUGCAGGACUUGGACAACUGCAAUUCUUAAAUCUACGAAGCAACCAACUAGAAAGUGUUGCUCCGCUCACUUUCAAUGAAUUAACAUCGCUGGUCAAUCUUCAUCUGACAGCAAACAAGUUGAAGGUCUUGCCUCCUAAUGUGUUUAGGAACUUGAACAACUUGGCUGAUAUCUCACUCGGUAUGAAUGACCUUGAACAGAUUCCAGCAUACAUCUUUUAUGGACUUAGAUCACUCAGACACAUUGACCUUCAUAACAACAAGCUGACUCAGCUACCGUCCACUCUCUUCCAAGGAAUGGCAGCACUGCAGGAGAUUGACCUCAAUGGUAACAAUAUCUUGAGUGUUCCUCCAACCCUUUUCAGAGGCCUUGUUAAUCUCCGGUCCUUUGAAUUCACUGGAAAUGACCUCCUUCAACCCUUACCUGUAAGCCUCUUCAAUGGUCUCCAAUCUCUAGAGAGUAUAGAUUUCCACCUGGUGCAGAAUAUUCCACCAGCUCUCUUCAGAUAUGUACCCCAGCUCACCAGUUUGGAGAUCACAGAAAGUGAUAUGCCUGUCCUGUCAGAUCAAAUAUUCCAAAACUUGCCUAAUUUACAAACCCUUAUUCUACGAGAUAAUGGCAUAGGAAUUAUUCCACCAGGUACGCUCAAUAGACUAUCAAAUUUAAGAACUUUAGAUUUGUCAGCCAACGCACUUACAUCCCUGAACGAAACAACAUUUGGUGCCAUUUACACUGUUAAGGAAUUGUUCCUGCAGGAUAACCUGAUCAAUUCGGUAUCACGUGGAGCAUUCAGCAGUAUGACUCAACUCCAGACCCUGAGGCUUGACAUUAAUUUUCUGAAAGAGUUACGAGCUGAUGCGAUGCCAGAAAAUGCUGCCUUAAAAACACUGCAGUUAGCUGAUAAUCCGCUGGAGCGUGUUGAUGGUGCAAUGUUUUCCAGACUUCCUAAUUUGUCUCAUAUGACAAUGGAUAGCAGAAGAUUAAUCUGUGAUUGUCACAUGUCAGAAUUCGCAAGGUGGAUGCAGAGAAAUCGAAACAAGAUUGACACGAGUGAACUUGUGUGUGGGACACCAUUUGGGGUCAGGAACAGACCUCUCUUGAAUAUGAUUUCAAAUCCUCGCAAUCCAUUCCGUUGCGCAUUUCCGGCUAUUACCACAUUACCUAAGACACAAAGAAAAACAGUGUCCACUGGUGCAACGUUCAUUCUUCCUUGCACGUUGACUGCUCAAGCUGCUGCAAGGACCAGAUGGCAACUUCCAAAUCGUCCGGGUCUUUCAGUCCCAUCUUACCGGCAGCAGGCCACUUAUGAUCCUAUCGGCCAUUUGAAAGUCAACGGUGACGGGUCCCUCGUGGUAUACAAUGCAAGUGCUGAGGACAGUGGGCUGUAUCAUUGUAACACAAGGAAUUCUAUGGGCUCUGACAACAUCACUUACGCUGUGGCUGUUCUUGCACCAAACGCUCCAACAGCGCCCGGUAUUCUGCCAAAAAUUCCUCCUGUAGAAUCUACAGCACAAGGAGACACAACAUUCUCGAUUCCAAAGCCCCAUCAACCCACCCGAGGCAUGCCACCUACUAGGAGAACCUACUUUGAACCAGCUCAACCAACUAUGGCUCCCCAAAGAAAUGAUACUGGAAAUGUUCGUCCUGCAAUUGGGGCGACAGUUAAAGCAAUGGGUCCCGGUCAAGGAGCAUCAAAAACCACACUUAACCCAUUGACCCUCGAUCCACGAACAGGAGAGCCUAAGAUGGCUGACAGAACUUUGGUUCCAACAUUUGCAUCAUGGACAACAAAACCUGCAGGGGAAAUAAUCCCAUGGGGAACUGCAAUGCCUCCACUCUUUGAAGGCUCUACUGAUACACCUUUAGGAACAAUUGUACCUAAUUUGCAAUGUAUUCCAAAUCCCUGUCGGAAUGGAGGCACAUGCAACAGGGUACCAAAUGAAAGCAGGGAAUCAGAAAGUGAAAACAUGAGUUCUGAAAAGUCACUGUUUGCUGUCUUUAAUGAUGCAUUUCGAUCACGAAAGCCACGGUCUGCAGAGAAAACAAUGAGAAAAUCAUUACCUCCGAGCAGGCAAAUUCGCUGCACAUGUCCCAAAAAGUAUGGAGGAUCUUUAUGCCAAAUCCUCAAGCCAGGUAACCCCACCAAGGUAGCUGUUGUGGAAUCCACUAAUGAUUUGAUUACUCUGAGUUGGUCACAAGCCGUCAAGGGUGAAAUCGCUGGUUACAGAGUGUUCUACAGCCUUGUUGGGGAUCGCACAGUAGUGAAGAGUAUUCCGAUUCAUCCAGAUGUCAACCUCUUCUCUAUGGGCAAACUAAAGAAGGAUUCCACAUACCGCAUCUGUGUGAUUGCAUUCAAUCAAGGGGGUGAAAGCUCUAUUGGAGAGGAAAACUGCAUCUGGGCGGAAACAGUAACACAAAAUAGGAACCCUAAUCCAAUAUUUAGCACCCAGUUCAUCGCUAUAGCAGCUGGUAUUAUCUCCUUGUUUGCUGUAGUCCUGUUUAGUGCUUACUGUUAUCUGCGGACAAAGAAAAAGCGAGACAACUUUGAAGAAGCUGUUGUUGUACAAAGGCCCGCACAGCAACGACCUGCAUCAGCUGCUGCAGAAGUGUUCAGAAGAAGCCUUCGAAGGCCAAUGGCUUCAUACUAUUCCAACAUGGAUGAUUUAAUGCUCAUAGACAUGAACCAACAAACAAACAGGCAAAUGUACAUGAAUCCAUUUGAUGCGCGGCAUUCUGCUAUGCUACACGACAUGGAGUCUCGAAGACCAACACAGAGUCAGAACGCUCCCAAAAUUUUUACAAAACCAAAUCAAAGACGAACUCUCCGUAUUCAAGAGGAUACUGUCUUAUGAUGAGCAGACAAGUCACAGUCUUAUGCAUCUUUUUUCACAAAAGAACAAAUGAACUUUUUCCUAAUAUUCAUGCAUUUAUACAUGUUUGUGUCUACAUGUAAGAAUGACUUAAGUUAUUUUCCCUUUUCUCAAGAAUUCUUUCAAAGCUAAUAUACUAAUACCAGUGCUGUUGUUUAACAAGAGCACAUACACGUAUUACUCCAAACAAAAUGUACUGACAUGGAAUCACUAUGGAAAUCAAAUUUUGAAUAGAUCACAUGGGAAAAUGACAGUGGAAAUAACAAUGCUGAAAUUUGUUAAUACAAAAAGAGACCUGCCGGGUGAUCAAACAUGUUUUAAAGCGAAAUGGUGGCCUUCUGAAUUGUGAAAAGUGAAUUUACAAAUGAAAAAGUUAAAACAAUUGUACCAAUAUCUUUUGCAUAUUAUCAUGCGUAGCUUGGUUCCCUUUAGUUUAUGUGCCUACUAUAUGGGGAUGCAUUUGGUAUUUACAUCACAGAGAUUUGAAAGCUAUUGGUAACUUUUUUGUGUGAUUUCAAAUGAGACCUAUACCCUUUUUUUUUAAACAUGGGCCAAAUACAUACUAUUGAGAAUACCGAACAUGCCUUUGUAUGCCUUGUAUUUGACUUACAAAACCCAUUGAUUAAUACUGUUAGCAAUAUUGCUAUAAUAUGUCAACUAAAACGAAGUGAGGUAAAGGUUAAAAGUAUAUGCAUAGUUUAUUGUUCUCAUUUUUACAAGGAUGGGAACAGACUUAAAAGUCACCCUGGUAUGGCAAAACAAUCAGUGUUAGUCCAAGGCAGUGACAAGAUAUACCAGAUACACGAUACAGGAGAUAAUGGGAUAAAGAUGGAUACAUAAUGUCAAGAGUAAUGAGUUUUGAACAUGAUUGUGGCUCUGCCAAAACAUGGAUGCCUUAAAAUAACUUGCCUGACUCAACAUUUGGCCGGGGUGCACAUCCUGAGGAGGGGUGAGUGAAGACUCCCCCGAAACCGCAGCUUUCCGAGGGUUUCCCCCCUCUUCUUCCUGUGUAUACAUGGAUCACUGCAGACUUACCUGGGCUCUACAAGUCCUCCUUGCUUUCCUCUCAGGAAACGAAACAUAUCUGAAGGGAGACUGACUCGUCGCAAGAAAGGGUUCAAGAACGGGCUGAUAGAACAAGUCUUGGGAUAUAGACCACAAUAGCAAGUUCAGCGACCAAUUGUAUCACUUCCACAAUUACUACUCACCAUUCUUAUUAGCCCUCCUCCAUUUCCCACUCCUCCUAUUAGCCUCUAUUUAUCCCCAUCUUCUUCAGACUCCUCCCACUAAAAAAUUGUUCUCAUUUUAUAUCCUUCAUAUUUGCUUUUAGUAUAUCAUCUGUUUAGAGCCAGAAGGGAGUUAACUCUGUGACAAAGUAUGUGAGUUAACACCCUUCUGGCUCCAAACAGACGAUAUGUACAACUAAAACAACAGCAACUUCUAUAACUACUACUACUACUACUAUAGAUUGCUUCAGAAGUUUCUAAUGCUAUAAACAUUGCUAUAAAUUGUACAAUUAACAUCAAUUCUUCUGAUCCUUUUCUACACUUUCAAUCAUAGCUAGUAGCUAAUGAUACAUCCUUGUUAGGUAAAUUAGACAACUAAAACAACAGCAACUUCUAUAACUACCACUACUACUAUAGAUUGCUUCAGAAGUUUCUAAUGCUAUAAACAUUGCUAUAAAUUGUACAAUUAACAUCAAUUCUUCUGAUCCUUUUCUACACUUUCAAUCAUAGCUAGUAGCUAAUGAUACAUCCUUGUUAGGUAAAUUAGACUUUGGUCAUGUGAUUCAACAAUCUUCUGCAGAUUAACUGUAAACUUUUACAAGUUUACAAACAGGUAUACCGGUAUUUAAAAUUUUAAAGAGGCAUUUUUAAAUAUUGACAAAUUGUUCUCCAAUUUUCAGCAUGCUAGAACUACAUGAUGUCAAACAUGGGACUUCUUUCAAUAUUGUUUAAUCAAAGACAUAUGACCAAAACACAUGUGAGCUUUGACAUACUAAUCUGCAUUCUUACAUGUAGACUAAUUUGAAGUUUGAAUGUCAAUGCUCUGAUAGAUGAACUGUACAAUAUAUUUCAAGAAGACAUAUUUCUUUGCUUCUCUCAUACAACCAUGAAAGUCUCAAAGAAGAUUACCUGAUUGAUGAUAGAUAAGUAAAUGACCAUUUCCUUGGCAAUCUAUAAAAACUUCAAGAUGCUUAUAUUUUGCAACAAAAUAUGCAUUUUUGAUAUAUUAAUUUUAUCCCGACUAGAAGAAAAGCUGAUAAUAGGAUCAGUGCAAAGACAGAAGGUCUAUUGAUUAUGCCGUCUUCAGAUGCAAAGUAUCCAAACUUUUGUUAAAGUCUCACAUAUUCUUUUCAGUUUUAUCUGAUCAAGGGAGCAAAGUUUAGAACAGGAAAAGCUAAACUUCCUCUGUAUCAUAUUAACUGAAAUACAAUUAAAAACACGAGGGGCUGGGGCCUUUAUCUCUAUCUUACAUCAUAUCAAUCCUCUGCUUAAAGUUUAUUCUUUUGACAGCCAUAACAGAUCUUGGGUCUAUAGAAUAUUGAAGACUUGUCAAAAAUUACGUUAUCGUUUGAAUGGUUUAGUAAAGGUUGCAUAAUUUUCUAUAUGAGAGAAUUCCAGUACAAGAGGUUCCUCAAUCUAAAAACUCAAUACAACUAAUCUCUGUCAGAACAUUAAAUUUCUGUAACUGCACAUUUAUGUCACAAUCUGAAAACCUUAGAGGGUUUUGUUCAAAAUCAAGAAUUUUGCCUACUAGACCCGAGUGGUUCCUGCAUUAAGUAUAUGGGAAGGAGAGGAAUUCAAUAGCCAACAAGUACCCUGUGGUUCAUAGAGUUGUCACUUUUUCCCAUACAGUAUAUGCUUAAGAGUGAUGUCGAAUGAUCAUUGUGAAUAUCAAAUGAACACAAUUAUUGUCAAGCCAAACCUUGAACAACUGUUGCAAUUUGGCAAAAUGCCUCAAUACAAGAUUCAAUAUUCAUAUUCACAGCUCAGUCUUUUCUUUAAUUUCCCCCAUUCUUGAACAAAAGAGCGAGAGUGACUAUGUGUCACAGGCCGUGUUGGGAACACCAAGUAUAUUUAGACUGGCUUAACCAACAGUUGACAUGUCUGAAGUUGGGGAACAGGAUGUGAAGGAACUUUCAAAGUUUUCAAGAAGUGCUCAAGAGCUGAUCAACCGACUAUUCCAAGGAUGCACAGAUUUCAAAUAAAUGAUAGAAUAAUCAGCAAAGUGGUAUGAAUACUUCGUACAAUGAGAGCUUCUGCAAUUUUCAAGAGUGCAACUGCAAUUUUCAAUUUCCUGUAUUUCCUCAAGGAAUGCUAAUAACAUAUUUUGUUCUUAUGCUUGAUAAUCGAGUAUCCAUAUAGUAAUGACAUUUGAAUGAUGAUACCAUCACUCUACAACUCUGUUACUUUGAGUUUUGAGUUCAUUACUACAGAUAGAUGAACAAGUUAUUUCAUCUGUUGAUAGCCAAAAGCAUAUUAACUCUGCAAAAGCAUAAUAAGGGAACACCCUUUUGGCUCUAAGCAGAUCAAAUAUUCUACUGUUGGUACACUGACAAGGGCAAAAUGCAUGGUCUCUCAUUACCUUCAUGACAUCCCUAAUAUAUCAUACCCCUACAUAUCUAUUAAAUGAGGUUAUCAUAAAAUAAGAAUCAGCCAGAAAUUUCAGACUUAACCCAUGUGAUAGAGCUUACUCCCACUUCAUAGCUCAACUCUAAUCUUGAAUACAAAUGAAGAAAUUGGAGAUCCCCUUAAACAACCUGUUGCAGUGGCAUUUGCACAAAUGAGGCCCAUAAGCCAUCUUGCCAACAUCAAAUUUCCUUAUAGAUAUUUUUAACUGCUUGGGAAGUUACAGUAGAUCUAUGUUGACAUUGGACAUAAAUAAGGGGGUAAUUAUUGUCUUGGCAACGAGGCACUGGUGUUCAAAACUAUUAAAGCUUUGGUCCAACGAAGGGAAAUAAUUCAUAUAUAGAACACAAAAUAAAGCCUUUUCAAGACUAAAAUGAGUUCUGGAAUUAGAUAAAGCAAAUUCAUAGCUAAGUUGGAUUCUACCAAAUGUUUUUUUUUCUUUUUCUUGGUAUUUCUCAAGUCCCUCCUUUUCCUUGGAUUAGAGCUGAUUAUCCUAUAUCAGAACUACUUUUCAUAUUCAUUUUCUUUCUCAUAUUCUCAAAAUGAUGUAGUAUAAAGAUGAAGAAACAAAGAAAAAAGAACAGAGGUAGGUUAAGAAAUUAUUACUCCAGCAAAAAAUAAGUCAGAAACGGAUAAAUUUGAAUUUGGUAAAAAAAGAAAAAUAUGACAAUGACUUAGUCACUAAAAAGUCAAGCAAUCCAACGUAGACACAAAUGACCAUUUGAAAUUGAAUUUGAUUGAUAUAAAUUUGUUAUAUCCUCAUGUUUGUAAAUAAUAUGAAGCAUGUAUACAUUGCUAUAAAAUUGAUGAACAUACAUGUAUAAAUACACAUACAUGUAUGAUCUGAUAUACAUGUACCGAUAUAUGUAUUCCAACAUAGUUUAUAUAAUAAAGGUGGAUAUUGGCAUAUGUAUUGAAUAUUUUUGUACCUAAAGCACAAUGUAAAUAAAGAUCACAUUUAUCUUGGAUUAACAAGGUGACAUGCUGUUCGAAGCUUCUGUAUGUAAAUAUUGUAAUGUAAAGAUACUAAGUAAUACUAUACUCCAUUGUCAUUGUACAUUGCAUUUGUAACUGUUUGGCAUCGUUCACUGCCAUUUUCUUCAUGCUGGCAUAUUUUGAUUAAAUAAAGAUUGUAUUAAAAUACACAGA